UCCGCCGGUAGAGGCUUUGCUCGGUCGUCGCCACGCGCGGACUGGAGCUCGCAGUAGCCGGAGCUGGAGUCACGUAACGGCUGUGUUUUCGACAGUUUUAAACAUCUGAGGAAGCAUGGAGAUGUAUGGGCCCGAGCGAAGUAAAAUAAUUCGACGUAUUUACUUCCGUUCUUCGAUGUGUAAGUCGUUAAUUCAAGGAUACGCUGCAAUUUUGUUUAAUCGUGUACAAAUGUUACUUCGGUUCCUGAAAUAGCGGGUAGUCCGUGUUUUUCCGCCGCCCCCUGAGCUUGCAGGGAGCAGUGGGCAAAACAAACAAGUCGAACGGAGGAAGAUUGGUAGCCGGUUGGAUGUGGAGGUUGUUUAGCGGCGAAUGAAUCGUUUCGUGUUGUUGGCUUUUGUCGGGUGCUAAUUCCGAGUUUUCCUUCAGUGUUCGGUGCUUUUAAGUACGGUGCAUUUAGGACGCUGUUCGGAGUUUUCGCUUACCGAGUAUGUUGCCGCUUUCUAACAUUUCAUCAGGGCGCGUAGUCUACCCGCUUCGGUUUUGUGUUUUUCUCAACGUUGAUUACCGGUUAUAAUUCGACGUUUAAUGAUUUAAAUUCACCGGCAAACGGCUCUGAAUUUGGCGAGACACUUUUAAACAUGCAUACAAGGCGUUUAGUGAAACGUUCGAUCCUCGGCAGUCGCGUUUAUGCGCCGAGUCCGACGGGGGACGGUGCCCCGGUGACAGGAGUGGUCCAGGCUGUCAAGCAGGAAAACAGAGACGUCUCGGCCGUAGAAACCCGGCGCAGCGUCUACACCGUGCUAAUGCAGGACGGGAGCCUCAAGGAGUUCUCCGAGGAGGAGAUAGCCGCGGGGUUCAACCACACUGCAGCCAAAGGACCGCUGAAGUCCAGCUUGAAGCAGAGCUCCAGUAACGGAGCUCCAGAAAGCCAUAAGGUGGAAGGCGGCCCCCUUAGCCCAGAGGCAGUGGAAGAGCAGCGGGUGGUGGACGGCAAGCGCAUUGGCCGGGACCCUGACACCCGAUCCGUGUCACUGCUAGAGCAGAAACGCAAAGUGGUCUCCUCCAGCAUUGAUGUCCCUCACGCCAGACGGUCAGAGGAGGAAGUGGACAUGGACAAGGUGACGGCUGCCAUGGUGCUGACAACCCUCUCCACCAGCCCCCUGGUCAGAAGUCCACCUGUUAAAGUCAAUGAAGGUCUGAGUGGUUCGUGGAAGGACAACGGCUCAGCUGGCCCCUUCACCCCAUCGAGCAAUAGUUCUUCAGGGGGCUAUUGGAGCUGGUCUGCCCCUAGUGACCAGUCCAACCCUUCCACACCUUCUCCACCUCUCUCGGCCGACAGCUUCAAGCCCUUCCGUGUGUCCAGUGUGGGUGGUGUGGGAUCCUGCCCUGCAGGGCCUGAAGACCCCAGCCUAGAUGAGCAAGACGGCAGCAGCCUGCUCUUUGAUGAGCCCAUCCCUCGCAAACGCAAGAACUCCAUGAAGGUGAUGUUCAAGUGCCUGUGGAAGAACUGUGGCAAGGUGCUGAGUACCGCUGCUGGCAUCCAGAGACACAUCCGCACCAUCCACCUGGGGCGUAACUGUGACUCGGACUGCAGUGAUGGCGAGGAGGACUUCUACUACACAGAGAUCAAGCUCAACACCGACUCGGUGGCCGAUGGGCUGAGCAGCCUGUCCCCUGUGUCUCCGUCCGUCCUCUCUCCCCCACCUCCUCCCCCCUCUCCUCUCCCGGCUCUCAGCCAGCUGUCCGACUCCCACAGACCUCCGCAGUACUCCGACACCAAGGAGCCUCACGCUGGCGGCACCACCCCGCUCAGCCGCUCUGCGCCCAGCGCGCUCUACCUCAUCCACACGGAUCACGCCUACCAGGCCACGGCUCCAGUGUCCAUCCCGUCCAGCAGCAGUAACACGACUGGCUCCGCCUCCACCAGCUUCACUCCCACCAACAGCUCCAGCUUCAGCAUCUCCUGGCAGUCACCGCCCGUCACUUUCACCGGGACCACAGUGUCCCCCAGUAAAAGCCAUGGCUUUGGCGAGCAGCGCUCCCAGACCAUCGCCGUCCUCUCAUCCCCUCCCAGAGCCACCACUGCCCUCAGUCGAAAGGUGCGCGGUGAGGGCAAGAAGUGCCGUAAGGUGUACGGGAUGGAGAACCGCGACAUGUGGUGCACCGCCUGCCGCUGGAAAAAGGCGUGCCAGAGAUUCACCGACUGAACGCUCCCCACCAACCUCACAGCGCACCACCCAGCCACUGCUGCCUUUCGCCAGAGAAAGGGGCAAGGGGCAUCGUUUUGCAUGCAUUCAGUUUUCUUCAGCUCAAAAUCACAACUCUCCGUCAAACGCUGUUUCUGCCCCUGAAGUCCACCCCACACCCCCCCGCGCUUCACUGAACGCCAGCUGUAGAAGGAACCAAAAGACAGCGGAGUCCAGGAUUUCUAGUACUGCCUCGCCAUCCCCGGUUUUGGGAAACCCCAGGGCAGCUAAACAGUGUAAAGAAAAAAUAGAUCUAAAGAGUUCUCUUGUUUUUUACGUUAUGUUCAGUGUUGCAUCUUUCUAUGUUUUGUAAAGCUCUGGUUUCUAAAAUCGAGGUCAAGUCAAAGAAGGGGUCCGGAAAAAAGGCCAAAAGCUUUUUCAUGUUUUGUCAAAUGAAAAAAGGAAUUCUUCACUUUUUUUAUCCAAAAGAAGAAUUGUCUUUGCUCCAGUUUUUGAAGACUGGAGGUAAAAAGCAUGGAGGUAAAGCUUACAGUUUUUGUUGUUUCUUCAACUUGUUCAUCUCUUUUGUUUUAUUUCUGGACUUUUUGAGGUGAUUUUUUGUCACUGACAUCACAUCCUCUCCCUGUUCCUCACCUGUUCUUCACUCCUGACAGCCCCGGGUGAAUGUACAGCUGAGUCGGGAAAGGCAGGUUGACAUGUUGAGAAAGUGAGGAAUAGAGACAACUAAGGAGAAUGAUCAAUGCAACAAAGAUACAAUUUUCAGACAGGAAAAGCAGAUGGACCAUGCCAUUUAUUUACCAUGUAAAAGGUACAGCACAGGUAUUCCCCUACAAUCAACGCAGAAGGCAGGAACUGUUUUCUAUGUCACUUUUUUAACUACACCUUUUCUUUGUUUUAUCAGGGAUGUGAUUCUAAAGAAAUCAAAAACCAGCAGCUUGGGUUUAUACUAUAUACAGCACAGUCUCAAUAGCUUCUCUUUCAUUACACAUGACAACUUUGCAACCAAAAACUCCUUUAUCUUAUUCUUUAUGUAUUUGGUUUUUGUAAAGGUGUUUACCAUGUUUACUGUUGUUGAUGUAUUUUUUUUCUUCUUUCUUUUGGUGACACCAAGACUGUUUACCAACCACCUGCUAAAGAAAGUGUGUUAAAAGACUUUCCUGACAGCAGUGGAAGCAUGAAGUCAGCAGCGUGGAGGCCAUAAAAAGAUAAACAUCUUUCACCACAUACAGAGAGACAGAUUGCCCUCCUCUUCAAGCAACUUUGACACAUUCCCAAAGGGAACAAAAUAUCUUUGUGUUUACGUACGCCACAGAGGCGCAUCUUGAUGAACCAAAGGGGGAGGGCUGAAAACCAAAAGUGAGGCACUUGCACUGUAUGUGUGUGUAAUGGGGCACUUGGUAUAUUUGUGGUUACUUCUUGAGUUGAACACAUUUCUAUCUUCCACUAGCCCCCUCCAUUACCAACUUAACUUAUUAUAAAGAGAAGUAAGAGCAAAAAAAAAGUUGCUACGCCCCUUAUUGGAACCAAUAUUUGCCUCCAAGAGUUUUGGGUAUAAUAAGUUAUAAGCACUUACUUAGGUCACUCCUUUUGUUGUUUGAUGUGCACUGCACACUUUAUUCACUUGGCAACAUGCAAGCUAAGCUUUGACUCAAGCUGUCAUCAAAGUCCUCGUGGUCGCCAUGUAACCUUGUAACUGAUGAGGUCAAUAGUGGGAUUGGGGAAACAAAAUCUGAUUUGUCAUUUGAAUGUGUUCAAUUGAAUUCCAGCGUCAUGUUUUCUCAAAGGCAAAAAUGACCAAAUACUUGACAUAUGUUUACUCUGUUGUGAUAAACAGCCCCAACUCUUUUGUCACCCGCGGCUGUGUCCUACUUCAUUACAAUGUGCUGAAAUUGAUAGAAAUAUCCUACAAAUGUUUCUACCAACAGGCACGUUGUGGUUCUGUUCCUGCAUUUGCUCUCUGCAUUAUAUGAAAUUUGCUUGCACGAUGAAAUCUUGGCAUUUCUGUCACGCACACACAAUCAUUUUACCCCAGAAUUAUUCAAAUCCAACACCAGCUAAUAAACUCUCAUACUCGCCUGAUUAAUAUACAGUACAGUACUUCCGCAUCUAAAAAAUUGUUUCUUCUUUUGUCUAUUUUUUUUUUUUGUCUGUUCAUGUAUAUAUGUAGUUCUUGUAUUUUCUCUAAGCUCAAGGUUUAUGACCAGUUACCUUGGUCAUAACAUUUGCCACCUUCUGAACAAGACAGGUUCAACUAUGACAUUGAGUUAGGAAAUAAUGUACGGUUCAACCUUCCAUGCCGUAACAUUGAUGCUUCAGUAAGAAGUAUUUAGAUUAUCUCUGAACUAAUUUGCCAUUGUAUUAUAUGAAUUGUUUAGAAAGUUUUGAAAAGACAAAUCUAUAUAUACAUAAAGAAAAAAACAUGUUAGAAUUUAAAUUCAAAGCAAAAAAAGACUGAUUUUUUUUUCCAUAUAUAUAGAGUAUAUACCUGGAUAUAUAUGCUGUUGAUACAGUUUGUUUUCAUGUUCUGCUGAAGGAAAUGUUGAUGGUAACUGUAGGAGGGAACCCGCUCAUAAUUCUUAAGCCAAGCUUGUUAUGCUUGUUUCAGUGUGUGUGACUCGCACGCUUCUUUCUGGAGCUCCUUCACGUCACCCACCCAGCGCUGCUAAGCAGUCGAAAUCCACAGUUGAAUAAAACCUAAACUCUUAUUUUCCAAUUCUCUUUUCCCGGUGCCGCGCAGGCCCACUUGCAAUUAGUGUGAUUGACAUCUUGGUGUGAUUGCGCUCUGUAUAAAUGUGAAGGAGCCCCAGGCAAAGUAUGCGAGCUGCCACUGAAGCACGGUGGUCUGCCCCCCCCCCCCCCCCCUUCCACCCAAGCAGUUUCGCUACGUUAUCAAAUGGCCUGUGGCGAUUCCCUGUCAGGCUCCUGACAAAACAACACUUUGGGGUCCAAGGAUGUUUUUGUUGGUCCACACAUCAAUGGCUGGAUUUUUUUUUAACUCCAUGCACUGCCCUUUCUCCAUUAUUGUGAUGCUUCAUGUUUGUGUUCGGACCAUCUCAUUCUUUGGUAUUUGGGGAAAUCUGGCUGAUCAGAUUCUGUCCAGGAGCAAGUCCCUACUGUAGUUCAGAUCAUAUAGAGGUUCUGGCAAGACUGGAUAUUUUAAAUGGCGGCAAUCUACAGGCAGCUAAUUUUAAAAGAAGCUCUCUCUUGAUGCUGAUUCUAGGUCAGCGUUGUAUUAACUGAAUGGCAAGUAAUAUGAUUUGGCCAAAAUAGGCUCACACCCUUGUUUAGGAUAAAUCCAAAUUCUCAAAAGGAUAUUUGCUGCCAUUCUCAAACCUGUCCAUCUGUUCAGUGAGGAACUCUGGGAUUUGUUUGUGGACUUCGGCCUGGCCUGCUAGUUGUACUGAGAUUAUCUUAAUCCCAUUCACUGCCGAUGGCACAAAGAUGACUUUAGCAUUAAGGGGCUCUCAAAGGCACCCAGGUUUGUCUUUGCAUAAUGUAAAUACUGGUGCUGUGGCCUCGGCAGGGGAGAAAUCAAGGUACUAUAUUCCCAUGCAGUGCUCUUUCUCCUAUGUUGUCCUCAGAUCAUAUUAACUCCAUUUUGUACACAAUGUUAUGCUGUAGAACAUGAAAAUAAAAAACACCUUGCCUCAAGCCUACUAAGUGUCCAGACACCAGUGAGUGAGGGGGUCGCCCCAAAACUGUUGCCUCUCCUGCUUCCUCAUCCAUUUUUAUGGUUUUAUUUUGCUGACUAGUGCUCAUUUCUGUCUCCCCAUUAGUUGUGCUCCGUCCUGUACGCUAGAGCAAAACAAAAUUUGCUCGAAAUUAGUGUAUUUUGUAUUAUUUUACUGUAAAAUUUCUCGUGCGAGCAUGAAAGUACUUUCCAUAUACCCCAAACAACAAAAAUAUUCAAUGAUCAGACUGAGCAAACACUUCAUUCUUGACCUCAGAAACAACAAUUUCAGCUCAAAGUCCAUUUACUUGCUUGUUGCGGAGCUUUUGACCGUAUCUCACAGUCCUCAUCAGUAGAUUGAGUUUCAUCAGUUGUCAUGGAACUAUAGAUGUUCAAACAUGUUUCUUUCAUUUUAUAUAACAACUGAGCCAACUCAAUCUGCUAAAAAAAGACCAUGCAAUACAACCGAAAGCUGCAGACGGAGGGAAUUUUCUAAUUCGUGUGAAGUUUUCCAAAUACAUUACACGUGACAGCUAGCUGUUGAGCAUGACGCGUAGUUGCGUUCUUAAUCCUAACUGACAUCACAGAGUUUUAGCCGUCUAAAAGUUAACAUUCUUACCCAACAGAUGUUAAUGUUGUGAGAUGUUUGCGAUAUUGGAUAAUUUACUUCCUUUUGGGCAAAACUGGCAGAAAAAGAGGGAUCAUAUAUUUUCACUCCCAAAUUGACACCCUAACGGUGCCAUAUUGCAUCAACCUCCUGAUCUGAUCAUCUAACUUAUUUAUAUUGGAGUAGAAGUAAGCUCUCAACCCUGCAACCCUUGGGGGAGUGAGCUGCUAAACAUAAAUUCAGAAAUGACCUGCCAUUAUAAACGUGUGCUCACACAGCAGAAUUGAAACUGUAGCAUCAAAGAGCCACAAUAGGCGGUCUUGUUUUCUCUAGUGAGAGUGAUAUGAAUACUUAUGAGGAGGGUUUUUUUCUUCUUCAAAUGGAGCGGCUGGUCUGGCUUUUGUUCUCUGCUGUGUUUACCCCCUCCGCUGCCGCCUAAUAAAGGGCUGAGCGUUCAGCUUUGAUUUAUGAGCUGAAUAAAACAAGAUAGCAUAAUUCUGCCUACAGACAGUAUAAAAAUCAAGUCUUGUGAGUUACGAGGGACCCUCAAUGUAUGUGUCCUCACAAACACACACACGCACGCUAUGUCCAUGCACUUAUUGUCCAGCGUAGCUACUGAACAGUGAUGGCUUUAACAGCAGUUCAUAUGCUGACAGUUUUAUAAGCAUUCAUGGUUUAUGUACCUGAUCCUCACUGAGAUCAAUAUUUCAUACAUGACAAUACUUGUUUGUGAUAAGAGGCAGACACCUAUUAUAUUAUCCAAGUAAUGGUCAAAAUAUGCUACAAUAUUUAUAGAUUAAGCUGUGGUACUCUAUAUCUAAGCUACAGUAUCAGUGUGUAUCAGUUUGUCUAUGUGACAUCCCUGA